UCCGUGCUAAAUCCUGUCUUUUUAGUAGUUUACACCAGAUGCAAAUAUAUCUUUUCAAAUUUUGAUUUGUAUCUACUACAUAUGUAGAUGAAUAUGUUCAUUUUGGUUGGUUUCUUUUUCGAUAGUCUUUCACAUGCAAUGAAAACUGUAGUUGACAGAGUAACUAAAUGAAAGAUGUUGUAGUAAUUCUAUUGGGGUUUAAAGGUGUAAAAAUAAGGUAUAAAUAUCAAAUAAUACUUGAUGUUAAAUUAUGUUCCUGUCUUUUCCAUUUCAGAAGUAAACAAGGAAAAUAGCACAGAUGCAUCACCAGCACGUUACUUGAUGAAGAUUGAAUCAUUUUCCUCCCUCUCAGAAAAUGGUUUUCUCAAAUAUGAAUCAAAUGAGUUUGAGUCUUGUGGCUACAAAUGGAAAAUGAUCAUUCAUCCUGUUGGAGAUGGAGAAGGCCAUAUAUCUUUAUACUUGGCCAUUGUUGGGACAAGCUCCUUACAUGCUGAUUGGGAGGAAUGGAGCGGCGUUUUCGCAAUAUCAAGACUGAAUGGGGUUACUUGA